AUGCCGUCAGCAGUUCCGGUACAGUCGUCUCCGCUGCGCAGAUGGGUGCGCCCAGACAAGACGAGGCAGGACCUUCCCUGGGCUGAUAUUGCAGCUAUUGAUCUGAGCAAGUUCGACCAGCCCGGCGGCAAGGAUCAGCUUGUGGAGGACCUCCGACAAGCAGUACACGAGACGGGAUUCUUCGGACUCAUCAACACUGGUUUCACGCCAGAGGAAAACAACGACAAGAAGAUGCUGGGACCAGAAGUGAGGAACAACUCCGAAUCGGUUAACAUCCCCAAGUUUACGGCGUACUACGCCAACGAGCCGUUCCACUCCUUUUUCGAGCCGUAUAGGGACGAAAUUGAGAGCUUCUCUCGGCGCUCUCUUGACCUCGCGAGCCGGGUAUUUCGCCUCUUUGCACUCAUCCUGGAGCUGCCGGAGGACUUCUUCUCCUCGCGGCACGAGUACAGUCUGCCGAGCGAGGACCAUCUGCGGUACAUGCGGUACCAUCCGCGGACGUUGGCCGACGACGUAAAGGUCGAGCGCAACUGGUCGCGCGCCCACACCGACUUUGGCUCGCUCACCCUCCUCUGGAGCCAGGAUGUGGCCGGGCUGCAGAUCAAGACGCGGUCGGGCGAGUGGCGCUACGUACCCCCCCUAGACGGCGGCAUCAUCUGCAAUGUCGGCGACACGCUCGACUUCUGGUCGGCCGGGUACUUGAAGUCGACCAUCCACCGUGUGAUCCGGCCGCCGGAGGACCAGGCAAGCCAGUUCCGGCUCGGGCUGUUCUACUUUGUGCGGCCCGGCGACGACGUGGACAUCAAGCCGGCACCGUCACCACUGCUGAAGCGACUCAGACUAGUGCGAGAGGAUUCCGGGGAGGCAGAGCUGGUGACGGGGCUGCAGUAUGUCAGGGAGCGGGUCAAGAACUAUCAUGAUCAUGACGACUACACAGACAAACGUGGGCAAACAUUCAAGCUUGGCAGUCUGGAGAUUGAGGACCAGGCCGCGUGA